AUGGCGAAACCGGUAGGUGCGUGUGGUUUUUUGCUUGCGAUUAUCGCUCUCACCAAGAUUGAGAGCGUUGCCUGCAGUGAGACGUUUCAGUUUCCCGACUUUGUCGCCAUCGAACGGAACGAGGUUCCCGUGUGCGGGGGUUGGAUCGUCGAUAAGACGUUCCGCCGGUACGUGUUGGUCACGGAGCGCUGUGCGUCGGAGGCUGCCGAAGUGAGGGAGCUGCUGGUGCGGCAUGGAAGCGCCAAGGUAACCUGGCGUACGCUUAGCAGUGGCGUGGACCGGAAGCUGUACCAUCCGUCGAACCAGCGGUUCGUGGUGCUGAGUACGUUCGGGAAGUUUCGCCGUGGGGUCCCGUCGUACGAACCGCAGCAUCACAACGGCACGGUGAUGCUUAGCUGGGGCAAAAGGCAUGGAGUUCUCGAGAAGGCCGUGCUGGUGCUUGCCGAGGAACAGGAGCGGUUCCUUCCGACGCUGGCCGGCGAUCUGUUGUGCAAGAGUUCUGAGGACGCUUUCGUUUUGGAAGGAGGACUAAUCCUGCGUAACCUCAAGCCCUACGCCAUGCUGACGGUACGUCCAUCCGGGGAGUCUGAGAACUGUGCCAGCUCGGUGGAGUUGCUGGAACUUGGAGAUUUAACAAGCGAUUGGAGAGUGUCGAUGUUGCGGGAGGCACCGGUAGUGGGACACAAGGGAAGGUCAACUGAACUUGAUGAAUCGACAGGUUGGUUCACGCAAGCCAACUCCCCGUUUGGCUACAUCAUGUACACGAUCUUUCUUGCCUACACCAUGCUCUACACCAUGCUAUACUUCAUACUGGCCGUAGGGAAACCUCCAGAUAGUAGCGAUCUGUAA